GCACGUACGCGCACGACCGCGCGCAACGUUCUCCCGGCGAGGAGUUUCACGACGCCCCACCGCCGACGCGCCGCGCGUACCGUUUUCAUUCCACGAGAAACGACCAAACGCUUGCGACGUAUGUCCGUGUGCGCGUAGUGUGUGUGUGUUAAUAUUUUUAUUGUAAAUUUUUUUUGCCGUACGGUCGAGCGAUCGGCGAGUGUACGUCGACGAGACUGUCUGAUGCGCUCGCGUCAUCUACGACGUCCCAUCCAAAUGACGCCCGCUUUGUACCGCACGUGAGUCCCGUCAUUAAAACCCGACGUUUUCAGUGAUUUUCCCGUUACGCGGCAACCGACGACGUUUUUUUUUUUUUCAUUUCUCAUUUCGAACUUUUCGUUCGUUUAACCGACUCGAUCCCGUUUAUUUCGCGACCGACACCGACCCACUAUGUUCGACGUUUUCGGCUCCGUCAAGGGGCUGCUGAAAAUCGACAACGUGUGCAUCGACAACAACAUUUUCCGGCUGCACUACAAGGCGACCGUCGUCAUCCUGGUGGCGUUCUCGCUGCUCGUCACGUCCCGCCAAUACAUCGGCGACCCGAUCGACUGUAUCGUCGACGAUGUCCCCCUGAACAUCAUGGACACGUACUGUUGGAUAUACUCGACGUUCACCAUACCCAACCGGAUCGGCGGCCGGAUCGGCAAGGACGUCGUCCAGCCGGGCAUCGCGUCCCACGUGGACGGCGAAGAUGAGGUCAAGUACCACAAGUACUACCAGUGGGUGUGCUUCGUUCUGUUCUUCCAGGCCAUGUUCUUUUACCUGCCCAGGUACAUGUGGAAGACGUGGGAGGGCGGCCGUAUCAAGAUGCUCGUCUUGGACCUCAACUGUCCCAUAAUCAGCGAGGACUGCAAAGCGGACCGCAAGAAGUUGUUGAUCGAUUACUUCGCCAACAAUCUGCACACCCAGAACUUCUACGCCAUACGGUUUUUCCUCUGCGAGUUCCUCAACUUCGUCAACGUCAUUGCCCAGAUUUUCUUCAUGGAUUACUUCCUCGACGGUGAGUUUAGCACGUACGGCUCCGACGUGUUGCGGUUCACCGAAAUGGAACCCGAAGACCGAGCCGAUCCCAUGGCCAGAGUGUUCCCGAAAGUAACGAAAUGUACUUUCCACAAAUACGGUCCAUCGGGUUCCAUCCAGAAAUUGGAUGGUCUGUGCGUGUUACCGCUGAACAUUGUGAACGAAAAGAUAUACGUUUUCUUGUGGUUCUGGUUUUUGUUUGUUGCUGUACUCAGCGGUCUCAACUUGGUGUACCGCACGGCCGUCGUGGUGAUGCCCAAGUUCCGGUUGUUGUUGUUGAGAGCCAGAUCGCGUUUGGCUCCCCAGGAAGAAGUUGAAACCAUCACUGAGAAGUGUCAAAUCGGCGCUUGGUUUGUUUUGUACCAGUUGGGCAAGAAUAUUGACCCCUUGAUCUUCAAGGAACUCGUUUCAGACUUGGCCAAGAAACUGGACGGUAAGGAGAGUGUGUAAAUGUGACUUGAUGCAACUACAACAAUUUUAUUGUAUUUAAAUACUAAAUUUAAAAAAAAAAAAAAAAAAAAUAUUAAAAAUUGUUAGCCUAGGAAAACACGGUUCAGAUAAUGGAUAAGCAAUAAUUUAGACAAUUUGUUUUUUCAAUAGGUCUAAUUUUUAUAUUAUAGGUAACCCCCCCUCCCCCUACCUCCUUGUGCUCUUAUAUUUAUGUAUUUGUGGUAUAUAUAAAUUUUUUUUUAAAUUCAUUUCCUUUUGCCUUUAUUGGAGAACACAGGGGUGUGCAGUUGAAAAAUAUUGUGUUCAUGAUAUAACAGGUUUUUAUAACAUUAUUGACAAUUUUGAAGAUUUAGGUAAAUACCAUGUUUUUAUAUAUUAUUUACCUAUAUACAUAAUAUACUUUUUUAUAAUAAUUAAAAGAAUUUGUAGAUACAAAAAAAAAAAAAUAAUGAAAUAAUAAUACAAUUGGUCUCAUUUUCCUAUAUAAGGUAAUAACAUAAACAAAAAUAAGAAUAUUUUUUUUUUCUUUUUGGCCUACUCUGAAUAGGACGGUGAUAUUUUCUGAUAAAUUCUGAUAUUUUAGUUACACUGUUGUUAAUGGUGACUGUUAAAGAGUCCACUUUUCAAUUCAGACAUUUAUUAUGUUUUAAUGUCAAGUAAAAAUGUCUGUCUUCGCUUCACAAUAAUCUUCCUUUUAUACACAACAAAAUAAUUGUUCACAAUACCCUGCUAAUAUAUCUGUAUACAUUUUUUAGUGUCAAUCGUUUAUAUUUAAUUACCUACUUAUAACGCAAGUAUUUAAAUUUUUUAAUUGUCUAUCCCGUUUUCAUAUUAUCGUUUAUGUAUUCGUCUCGGAUUGUUUUAAGAUUAUCGCAUCUUAUCUACCUACCUGUUGCAGUUGAUAGUGCCACUUCUUAACAAUAUUAUUUUUUGACGUUCAUUGUAAUGAUUGUAUUAUACGGAACACUAUUAAAUAUUAUUAGGUAGUGUUUUCCGAGUCUUCCAUUUUGAGCAAAACUAUGUGUUCACAAGUUUUAUUUUAAUUUACUACUCCAUAACUAUUAUUAUUUUUAUUUAUUUUUUUUUUCAUCCACAUUCCACAUUAUAUUAAAAAAAAAACUCAUUGGAAAAUGAGAAUUUUAUUUAAUUAGGUAAAUUAAGUAAUAAUUUUACAAAAAUAAACCGAAUUUUGCAUAACGUAAUGUACAAAAUAAAAAAAAUAAUAACAAUAAUAACAAAAAAAAAAUAUUGUCUUCUUUUAUUAAAAUAUAUAUGUAAAUAAUACGUACAAUUUUUUUUUUUUUUUGGGCUUCGUGAAUGUCAUUUACAAUUCACUUCUAUUUAUAUAUAAUAUUAUUUUAUAAAGAUAAUCAUGAAACAUAUAUGUGAUGCUAAUUAACUGUAAUUAAUAAUUAUAUUUUAGACUAGUUUUAAUACUUACUGAAUUUUUAUUAUAUUUUUUUUUUUUCUAGUUAGGUCUAUAUUAUUAUUACUAUUAUAAAAUAUCUAUAUAUCUAUAUAUAUUUAUAUAGGUAUAUAUUAUAACAUAACGUAUUUAUGUAUAGGUAUAAAUUAUUAUUUUUAUCAUUAUUAUUAUUAUUAUUAUUAUCAUCAUCAACAUUAUUUAAAAUAUGUACGUUAACAAUGAAAUUCCAUAAGUGCCUUUUUGUACUACAUAUUUAGAAAAUAAUAUUAUUAUUAUUAUUAUUAUUAUUAUUAUUAUUGGAUAUGCAUAUCUCGACGAAUUAUCACAAUGUACGCUCAAAAAAAUUAAUUAUUCAACAUUCCAUAUAUAUAUUGAUAUAAUAUUUAACUGUACCGCUGAUGACCGCUCAGCGCGCUGUGCAUAUGAUGCGCGCUCUGAGCGUGUUCAGUAAAAACGCGCACACCGCCGCUACGUCAAUUAACUCCAAAUUGACUGCCAAUAUAAGACUAUUAGAUAACUUUAUACUGUUUUAUUCAAGACAAUAAUAAUUUAAAAAAAAAAAAAAAAAAAAAAAAAAAAAAAGAAAAGAAAAGACAUUUAUAAAAUAAGAAAUAUAUAUGACUGGUGUUGUUUUUUUUUUUUUUUCUUCUAUUUCCAUUGUGUUUAUUGUAAACUUUUGUGCGGUAAAUAUCAUAACACUAUAUUUACUUACUGCCCAAAAGUAAAACCUACAAAAUCGUGUGUUGUCAAGGUAUUUUUUUUUUUUUUUUAUAACAAUAUAAAUAUAUAUAUAUGUAUAUAUAUAUAUAUAUUUACAGAACAAUAAUAUAUAUUUGUGUUUUGUAAUAACCGCCCAAUAAACUAAAUCCGUUCAAGUAUGUAGAACGUUAUUUAUUAUUUUAUUUAUUCCUGUUUACUCGCCGUGUUCGUAUAUGAAAUAUUAUUUGAAUUGACGUGCACACGCGCACACACGCGCGCGCGGAUACUACUACUUUUUAUUUUUUUUGUUAACUAAUUGAUACAAUUAUAUAUUUUUACCGCGUAUAAAGAUUGUGUAAUGCCGCCCGAAUGAAAAGCCGGAAUUACCGUAGGAUUAUACGGCCGCGCGAGAGUGUGUGUUCGUUGUUAGCGAUUUACCGCACAGGUAAAUGUGUUGUGGUUAGCCGUAGACGGCAUUACGACAGUAAUAACCGCGGAGUCGUCGGUCCGGGCGUGCAAGUACAUAAAUUAAAUUUCGUUCGUCGGAGACAAAAAGUCGGUCAGUUCUGUUUUCACGAAAUGAAAUCGUGGCUAGGCGCAGCAAGGCCGAUGCAGCAAGAGCAGGUGUUUAAGAUUUAGAAUUUAUUCGACUAAUAAUUUUUUUUUUUUUUUGAAAAUAAUUGAUUUUUUGAUUUAAUUUUUCGCGCGGAAUAGGUUGGCGUGCGCGCACCAAACGAAACGGUUGCCGUUUGGCGGG